UUGGCGUUGUAAUUAGGCAUUCUGGAGGGCAGCCCUCGCCGUCCCUUGUAAGGAGCGUGCUAAGGCCCGCCUUCUUCCUUUCCGCCGGCUCCGCCAUAUUCCAGUGAGUUGCCAAAAUGACGAACACAAAAGGAAAAAGGAGAGGGACACGAUAUAUGUUUUCUAGGCCUUUUCGAAAACAUGGUGUUGUCCCUUUGGCUACAUAUAUGCGAAUAUACAAGAAAGGUGAUAUUGUAGAUAUCAAGGGUAUGGGCACAGUUCAGCAAGGAAUGCCCCACAAAUGUUACCAUGGCAAGACUGGACGGGUCUAUAAUGUUACUCAACAUGCUGUAGGCAUUGUUGUAAACAAACAAGUUAAGGGCAAGAUUCUAGCCAAGAGAAUUAAUGUGCGUAUUGAGCAUAUUAAGCACUCUAAGAGCAGAGAUAGCUUCCUGAAGCGGGUAAAGGAAAAUGAUCAGAAGAAGAAGGAAGCCAAAGAAAAAGGCACUUGGGUUCAACUGAAACGUCAGCCUGCUCCACCCAGAGAAGCACACUUUGUGAGGACCAAUGGCAAGCAGCCUGAGCUGUUGGAACCAAUCCCCUAUGAAUUCAUGGCAUAAAUGACUAUUAAAAAAAACCCAAUAAAAAAUUAUUGGAUUGUGAAA